GCAAGAAUAACAGCAAUAAAAACCCGCGUUUGAUCCCUUGUGUAUUAGACCAUUGGGUUGCUUUCUGGAUUGUCGUUAAUAAUGGAGGAAACGCCGCCAUCAAAGGUUAUACCAACCACGUCGUUUGUUAGCUAUCUCUUCAACCUCUGCAAAGCGUUGCAGGGUGCUCAGAGCGAAGAUAUCGGCAAUUUUCAUACGGAAGACGUGACAGAAACGGUUACUGAAUUUGUGAAUCAAUCAUUAGCGGCUUCUCUGUUCAUUUCCAAGUUAGACGAUGGCUCAUGGUGCGUUGGUGCCACUUUGGAAGCUGUCCACGGUAGGCCAGUCUCCACAUUGGUGGUGGUUAAGGAAAAGGGUGCUAUUGUGGAAUCAAAACCACUUCAGAGUCAAGUACAGGUGCUCAAUCUGCCAUCCACAGGCUCAUCUUUUGAAACACUGAACUCUCUCAUUAGCGUUGGUGUGGGGUCGUUUUUUACCGGUGUGACUUUGAAUAACACCACAGAUAUGGUAGCCACCACCAAGAAGAAGAUAAACGAACUGGCACUAUCUUUCCAGAGCUUGAAUCAUAUGGUCGGUGUCUUGGACCUGAAUCUUACUAUGCACCCGAUUAUAAAGGAGGCUGUGGCUAAUGGUGCAAGUGUUGAUAACUAUACCGAAUUCAUACCAGAGGCAGUCCUGACAGAUUCAUCUUUCCUGAAUAGUAUACAAGCAAUCGUUAAUGACUGGGUGAAAUCUAUCCAAGCUGUAACUCGGAUGGAGAGAGAUGUUUCUGAUGGCUCUGCAUUAGACGAGGCAAAUUUUUGGCUAACGAUGGAGUCGUCUCUUGCUUCUAUAAACUCUCAGCUUAAUUCCACUGGUGUGCUUCUCACUUUGGAAGUGCUGAAAUAUGCAAAGAGGUACCAUGCAACUGUGAGCUUCAUGUCAGACGUUGGAAUCAAGGACGCAAUUUCUACAACUGCUGAUUAUAACAAACUGAUGAAAGAUAUCCCCCUUCAAGAGCUCGUUAUAGCUGAGUCGCCCUCUCGGAUCCAAGAAGCACUGAUAUUGAUUUUCAAUCACUUGAAGAAACUGAGAGGUACGUCCUAUCCGAUUCGGCGUGCUCUUCCAUUUGUAGAAGCAAUAUCAUCGGAUCUUGUUCACAAACUUCAACCCCUAUUAUCUCACCUUAUGGAACUGGACUACGAAGCAUUUACUGCCGAGACCAAGGAAAUAUAUUCGGUAUUUGAGACAUGGGAUAGAUGCACAAAAGAAUUCACAAAUCUAGCCCGUGAACUGCUCAGGAAAAGGGAGGAGAAAUUUAUCUUUGUUAAGGUAAAUUCAAAAACCACGUUUCUUAAAGAUCGGCUAGAUGAGGUUGUCACAUUCAGGAAAGCACAUCAGAAUUUCUCCUAUUCUUUGGGUCAUUUAAAUCUUUUGGAAUCAGAACUGGAUGACGCCUAUAUGAAAAUGAAACAUGUUAAUGUUUUUACCAAUGACAAGAGUUGGGACAUUGCUAAACAAGGUUAUGAAAAGAAGAUUCAACUGAUUGAGUACACCAUCACUGAUGAGCUUCGCUCAGAGCUUGAAAAGUUGUCCAACAGUGAUCUCAUGUUUGAGGUAUUUCAGAAGUACCAAGACCUUCUAAAUCGACCAAGGAUUAGAGGUGCAGUUCAAGAAUACCAAUCUCAGCUUUUGGAAUCAGUGAGCGAUGAGAUUAGCCACCUUCAAAGAAACUUCACAUCUAGACACAAUCCUGAAGCUCUUGCAUCCUGCAGAGACUUUCCAUAUAUCUCCUAUAUACUCUUAUGGGCCAAAUGUAUGGAAAACAAGUUGAAUUACCUAACUGACAAGAUUGAGCUCGUCUUAGGUAAGGAUUGGAGCUCAUACGCGGAAGGUAAAAAAAUCUAUACCGAAACUAUGGUGUUCAAAAAGAAGCUAAAUUUUGAAAACAUUUUUGAAAAUUGGAUAAAAACCGCUUCUGAAUACAAUCUUGAAGGUGUUAUAUUAUCAAAUUCUGGUACUGAUGUGGAAGAAAUCUCGGUUAACUUUGACCAGUCUUUGAUGGUGUUUUACAAAGAAGUCAGAGCAUUGGCACUCCAGAAGUUCGCCAUCCCUCAUCCUGUAAUGGUUAAUGCCAAAAGACUGAGGAAGCUUUAUCCACAUGCUGUUAUAUUAAAGGAGUCAUUUGAAUUGUUGCCAAGUAUUUUAAAGACACUUGAAUCACUGAAUGACGUCCAAGUUUUGGUUGAUGAGGAUAAAGCAAAGGUGUACGCAUUGAUUCAAGCUUGCUCAAAUGUAACGUGGGAGGGUCUUUCUCAGGCACAAGAUCUCCAUGAGAUUGAUGCAGCAUCUGAUGAUGAUGACGACCUUGAAAUCGUGCUUAGUGUUGAAUCAUCUAUUAGUUCACUCUUUAAUAAGUCCGAGAUUCUUAGCCGUUACCAUGACGAAAUUGAAACUUGCAUUCAACAUAUUUCAAUGUCUGAUCUUACUACCACUAUGGUCUCUUCACAUGUGUCUUCAUUACAAAGUAUUAUUGACAGUCUUUCAAAUGAUGGUUUCCAAAAUUUAGAGAAAUUGGUCUUUUUGCUUAACAAAAGACUUGUUGCAGUCCUUGUUAAUCGCUUUAAGCUUUUCAAACUAGACACUUUCACAUCUGAACAUUCCAUCAACAUUGUUGAUUCGCUGGAUGUUGUCCCACCGCUUGAAAACCAUAGGCUCCGUAUGGUUGACACGGUAUAUUCCUGUUUGAGAUCUACUUUGCAGCAGACUGCCCUGUACAUAACCAGUCUCGACAGAAACGGAACGUUGCCUUGUCUAGACUUUAGUGACUGCUUGCCAGAUUUGACUGCCCACGUUGAUUUACUGCUUGGUCAAUUGGAUGAUGAUAUAUAUUCUGCAUCCCAGUUUGUCACACAGUGGUAUCAAUUUGAGAUUUUGCGUGACGCAAAUAUCGAGGCGAUUGUCUCUGAUAUCUCACUUGAUGAAUGGCUUAAUUUGCUAGAUGAACUAAGAUCAUCCAAGACCUUUUUUGAUUCUGUUGAUACAUUUAAAACUUUUGGAGAAAUUCGCAUUAACUUCGCAGACGCGAGAUCACAUGUGCUUUCCAAGUUCAAUCUCUGGAAUAAAGAAUUGUUAGAAGCCUUUGGCAGAUUUGUUGGUGGUUACAAUCAUCUGUUAGUUACAGAGACUAGAAAGUCUAUAACGUCACUGGAAGGCUGCGACCUGAAUUUGUCAUCAGUGACUGAUCUCAUUCACACAGUCACCACUGUUCAAGAUAAAAAACAAUCAUAUGAUGAGUUAAAGGCUAGUAUUGCAAAGUUGACAUUCGCAGAGGGUAUUCUUCACAAGAGUCUUACUAAACUGCCCGACGAUUUUGUUUUCGUCGAUCAGGUACAGACAAAUGUUGACGUUCUUGAACAACUCAUUGAUAACCUUUCAAGUGCACUCAUCUCGAACUCCGGCGCUAUUAACAAAGCAAUAGAGAACGAAUGUGGUAGACUUCAGAAAACUAUAAUGGAGACCAAUGAUUCCUGGUUAAAGAUUAAACCAUCAGAUGAUGUGGAGUCUCCAGAGGUUGCUUUGAAUCAACUUGAUAUGAUUGAGAAAUCAUUGAUCGCUUUAGACUCGAAACGGUCAAAGCUUGUGGAGGCAUGUAAUCUUUUGGGUCUCCCUGUGAUCAUCACACAUGAUCUCUCAGGUGUAUUAGAAGAGUUGGCAGACUUGAAGUCUGUAUGGGGCUCCUUAAGAAGCUUAUGGUCCUCUCUUAGUGAUUUGAAGAAUAUGGCGUGGUCUAGUCUGAAACCCAGAUCAUUGAAGAAGCUGUUAGAUGAUCUCCUUACUUCAGCAAAGUCAAUGCCAGUUCGUAUUCGUCAACACAAGCCGUUCCAAAAGUUUUUAUCAACUAUUACAGAGUUAUUACAUUCACAAAAGAUUUUGAUCUCCUUGAAAGAGGAUUUUGUGAAAGAAAGACAUAUCAAGUCCAUUUUCAAACAACUUGGUGUUCCACCCCCAUUGGAAUUAACGUUGGGUGAUAUAUGGUCAUUGAAUUUAACCUUGCAUGAGUCUGUUGUAAAAUCAACUAUUGAUUUGGCUAACUCUGAACGAGCAAUUGAAGAAGAGCUGCAAAAAAUUAAAGACGUUUGGGAAGCACAGACAUUCGACUACUUUGAGAAAAAGGGACAUUCCCUGAUUAAGAACUUUCCAGUUUUGUUACAAUUGUCAUCUGAGCAUAUAUCUAGCUUGACAUCUAUGAGAAACUCACCAGUUUUCAAGACAUUUGAGAAUGACAUUCUUCACUGGGAGACUACGUUGAAUACAUUUUACCAGAUUGUUGACAUAUGGAUUCUUGUGCAACGACAAUGGAUUGACCUUGAGGGGGUUUUCGAUAUUGAAUCUGGAAUUCGCAAACUACUUCCUCUUGAAUACAAUCGUUUCCAUGCAGUGUCAUCUGAAUACCAGAUUGUGCUUAAAAAGAUACAUCGAGCUCCUCUGGCUAUUGAUACCUCAUCAAUGGAAGAUAUUCUCGGAACUUUCGAAAGACUCUCUGAGGCCCUUGUGAGAGUUUCCAAAGCUCUGUCAGAUUUCUUGGAGAAGCAAAGGGAGUUAUGUGCGAGGUUGUAUUUUGUUGGUAAUGAUGACCUGAUUGAUAUGAUUGCCAACAAACAGAAUGUUGGUAACCAUUUAAAGAAAAUGUUUGCCGGCGUUUCAAAUAUCACUUAUAAUGAGAGUGGCGAUAUUAUUGAAGCUGUGACUGCUUCCAAUGGCGAAGUUCUCAAUCUUCAAGAUCCCAUUUCACUACAUCAGUAUCCCAGACUAGAUGAGUGGUUGAACAGACUUGAACUGGAGAUUAAAUUAACUCUUUCAGCACUCCUCAAUAAAUCGCUCUCAUAUUUCAAUCCUGAAGAAGUCAUGUCAUGGUAUAGCUCUUAUCCUGUGCAAAUCAUGAUAUUAACCUUACAGGUGUGGUGGUCCCGCAACGUCGAGCUGGCUAUUUCCAACGACUCUCUUCCUUCAGUUCACAAGGUUUUAAUAGAGUUGCUUAACACAAUAACUCAAGAAUGUGAACCAUCGACGAAAAAGGCGUCACUGAUCAUUGAACUUGUUCAUCAAAAAGAUGUUGUGGAAGCACUUUUGGAGACAAAGCAUUUGACAGCAAAGUCAUUUCAGUGGUUAAAGCAGCAACGGUUUUAUUUUGAUUCAUCUUCUGAUCCUUUGAGAUCUUUAUGCGUCGUUCAGAACUCCAAAUCCAUUAUAUAUGGAUUCGAAUAUCUCGGAGAAAUAGAUAAACUGGUAUAUACGCCAUUGUUAAACAACUGCUUUAUUUCCAUGACGAGUGCUGUUGAUCAGGGUCUUGGAGGUGCAUUAUUUGGUCCAGCAGGAACAGGAAAGACUGAAUCAAUAAAGUGCUUAGGCCACAAUCUUGGAAAGAUGGUUUUUGUUUUUAACUGUGAUGAGUCUUUUGAUUUCCAAGCCAUAUCUAGGCUUCUUUCUGGUAUCUGUCAAAUCGGUGGGUUUGGUUGUUUUGAUGAGUUCAAUAGAUUGGAAAAAAACAUUCUGAGUGCUGUAUCAUCGCAAUUGCAAAACAUUGAGCUUAGUAUUAAGGGAGGCUCCAAAACAGUGAAUCUACUCAACAAGGAAACAACUUUAGCAGAAGGUACAGGAAUAUUCGUUACCAUGAAUCCAGAAUAUUCUGGUAGAACGGAGCUUCCUGAUAAUUUAAAGAAGCUAUUCCGUCAAUUCUCUGUCCAAAGACCAGACAGUGAAAUUAUAUCGUCUGUUUUGUUACGUGCCCGUGGAUUUGUUGAUGCUGAUAAAGUUGCAGCCAGUGUUGUACAGCUCUUCAGAGAACUUUCUCAAAAUAGUUCUCAGCAGAAACACUACGACUUUGGUCUCAGAGCACUAAAAAGUUGUCUUGAACACUGUGCAACAAUUAAAACUUUGACUGCAGAUGCUUCAAUUAUUAACAUUGUUGUCAAGGCAAUGAACGAAAUGAUAUUACCUCGUCUUGUUCCAGAAGAUGUUGAGGUAUAUGAGUCUAUUAAAUCAAAGAUAUUUGAAGAUUUCAAUGAUUUGCUGAUUGAUGAUGACUUCAAAAAUGCAGUCAAGAGUGUUGCUACUUCGCAGAAUCUUUUCUGUAAUGACCAAUGGCUAAAAAAGUCUUUGCAACUGUAUAAAAUCCAACAAUCGAAACAAGGUGUCAUUUUAGUUGGAGAAGCUGGUUGUGGAAAGACGGUUCUUUGGAAGACGUUACUGAAGGCAUUAUCUUUGAAGUCACAUUACACACAUUAUUGUAUUGAUCCAAAGGUUGUUAAUAAAACGGAGCUAUUCGGGUGGCUCGAUCCUAUCACUAGGGAAUGGACAGACGGUAUAUUCACAUCGAUUAUCAGGAAGUUAAACGAUAACCUUCGGGGACAAGAGCAGACUAAUUGCUGGAUAGUUUUUGACGGUGAUAUAGACCCAAUUUGGGUUGAGACUCUUAAUUCAGUACUGGAUGACAAUAAGGUGUUGACUUUACCAAACGGAGAGCGUUUACCAAUUCCGCCAGAAGUUAGAUUCUUAUUUGAAGUUUCAAACCUGGAACAUGCAACUCCAGCAACAAUCAGCAGAUGUGGAAUGGUCUGGAUGGAGUCAGGCUUAGUCUCUACUGAUGGUGUGGUGAACUAUGAGCUGUGCAACUUUUUGAGCAAACCUAUUGAAAAGUUGAAUAUUAUGGGUCAUGAAAUCGAUGAAUUCUUAAAUUCUUACGCUUCAUACCUUCGCACUUCUCUGGUGAAUUUGGAGGAUAUAUUGAACUUCUGUUUGACUGAAAUUCCGGGUGUUAUGUGGACCUCCAAAUUGAUGAUGGUCCAUAGCUUGUUCAUAUUCAUUCGUUCUCUCAUCUAUCAAGUGAUUUCGGAGGAAAUUGACCCCCCUGUGCUGACCACAGAAUAUUUCAAGAGGUCUCUUAUUCUUGCUCUUACGUGGGCCCUUGUUGGGAAUGCCUCAUCGACAUACAAAAUGAAAUUCAUCAACUGGUUGGCUUCUUCCCAAGAGUUUAAGUUUGAUUUCCCAACAGAGACCGAUAAAAAUGUGCUUGACUACGAACUUAAUAUCGAUGGGUCCUGGGAAAGUCUCAUUUCAAAGGUUGUCGAAGAGCCUCUCGAUGCAAACGCAAUAUCCAAUCCAAAUACAGUGAUUGAGACUGUUGAUACAUUGAGACAUAGACAUAUUGUUUAUUCAGUUCUGCAACAGAAGAUGUCUUUGAUCUUGUGUGGCCCACCGGGUUCUGGUAAGACAAUGACACUGUAUUCGGCACUGAGAGAGGCUCCAGAUAUCGACCUGUGUAAUAUGAAUUUUUCAAAGGACACUACACCUACAUCUGUUCUUAGAUCACUUGAACAGUUUUGUGAGUACAAACAGACACCCGAGGGAAUUAUUUUCAGACCAAAGAUUCGUGGUAAAUCAGUUGUAUUGUUUGCUGACGAAAUUAACUUGCCUCGUAAAGAUGAUUAUGGCACACAGCCGGUGAUUAGUUUCCUCAGAAGUCUUGUUGAGAAAAAUGGUUUCUGGAGAACAAAGCAUAUGCAGUGGGUCCGUCUUGUGGACAUACAAUUUGUCGGUGCCUGCAACCCACCAACAGAUAUCGGAAGAGUGGAGUUAUCUCCAAGAUUCCUAUGGCACUUACCAGUGAUAAUGGUUGAUCACCCUGGUCCUAUUUCUUUGGUUCAGAUAUAUACAACCUUCAACACUUCGAUCUUGAAGAUUGUUCCACAGCUAUCAGGGUAUUCGAAAGACUUAACUGGUGCUAUGCUUGCUGUGUACAAUAGGACUAUAAGCCACAUGGGUUUCAAAAGGAGUCACUAUAUUUACAGUCCUCGUGAACUAACCAGAUGGAUACGAGGAAUAUACUCUGCCCUAAGGCCUAAUGAAAACAUUCAGCUAGCUGAUCUUGUUCGGCUGUGGGCACACGAGGGAUUACGAUUGUUCAGUGACCGUUUAGUUGAAGAAGACGAAAAGUCAUGGACUUGGAAAUUACUCCAUGACGUUGCAGCAGAGUUCUUUCCCAUGUCUGAUCUGAACGAAACUCUCAAAAGACCAAUUCUAUACAGCGACUGGUUGUCGUUGACAUAUGAUCCUGUCUCUCCGAUUGAUAUUACCAAUUUCAUCCGAGAGAGGCUGAACGUAUUCUCCGAUGAGGUAUUGGAUACAGAGCUCAUACUUUACACCAAUGCUGUGGAUCACAUUCUUCGGAUUGACCGUGUUUUGAAACAGCCGCAAGGUCACCUCAUAUUGGUUGGUCCAAGUAGUAGCGGCAAAACCACAUUAACAAAGUUUGUUGCAUGGAUCAAUGGCUUGAAAAUACAUCAGUUGAGUGUACGUCGUAAUUACACUCUCUCUGACUUUGAUAACACGUUAAAAGUCCUAUUGAAGAAAGCAGGUAUACAAGCGGAAAAAAUUUGUCUUAUUGUUGAUGAAUCCACAAUCUUGGAGAGCUCGUUCCUUGAACGCAUGAAUUCGUUGCUUGCAAAUUCUCAGAUCCAAGAAAUUUUUGAGCAGGAUGAGUAUACCAUGCUACUGAAUGCUUGUAGAGAGCAAAUUAACUCUCGUGGGCUACUUCUUGACACGGAUGAUGAAGUAUACAGUUGGUUUACUGAACAGAUUUCGGCAAACCUCCAUGUGGUUUUCACCAUUAGUGAACCAGACAAUGCACGUGCAUCUUCAAUCAUUGCUUCUCCUGCAUUGUUUAAUAGAUGUGUUCUGAAUUGGAUGGGACAGUGGUCAGAAGAAAGUAUCAUUGAUGUGAUAAAAGAAUUACUUCGUACUGUUGCUAUUGAUAAUUCCACUUAUGAAAAACCACUGAACUACAACGCCAACUCAUUAGUCAGAGUUGACACUUAUAGGGAUGCUGUCUUGGACUGUAUCUUGUACAUUCAUAAGCAGUCAUCAACAAAAUCACCAGGAAAGUUGAUUGAGUUAGUUAAGAAUUUUGUGAAAAUAUAUGACACCAAGGGAACUGACCUUUCGUCCCAUCAGGCACAUAUCAAUAGCGGUUUGGUGAAGCUUAAGGAAACUAUGAUACGUGUUAAGUCGCUGAAGGACGACCUUACUCAGAAAGAAAAGAGUCUGCUGUCUAAAGAAGCUGAAGCAAGGGCCACGCUUGACAAAAUUCUUUCAGAGCAAAAUGAAGCUGAAAGAAAGCAGGAGGCAUCAAUUGAAAUCCAGGCCAUCCUUGAGAAACAAGACGCAUAUAUUGAGGAGAGAAGAAAGAUUGUGAUGGAAGAUCUCGCACUUGCAGAGCCUGCAGUUCUUGAAGCCAGAAGAGGAGUGCAGAAUAUCAAAAAACAGCAUUUGACUGAACUAAGAUCCAUGUCAACACCUCCCGCAAUGGUUCAACUCGUGCUUGAGUCUGUAUGUGUGCUACUCGGCUAUCAGGUUCAAACUUGGAGAGACGUUCAAUCUGUGAUUCGUAAAGAUGACUUUAUUGCCAGCAUUGUUACCUUUGAUUGUGAGAGACAAGUCUCGGAGGACGUUCGCCAGUUCAUGUCAGAACAGUAUUUGUCACGUCCUGAUUACAAUUACGCUGCUGCGGAGAGAGCAAGUAAAGCAUGUGGGCCCCUACUUCAGUGGGUUGAAGCCCAGAUCAAAUACGCUGUUGUUUUAGGCAAGAUUGGUCCAUUACGUCAAGAGGUUGAACUUUUAGAGCAGGAGUCCAAUAAGACCGAGGCUAGAUUAAUGGCUGCCGACGAUAUGAUACGAGAACUCAGCGAAAGCAUUAACAAAUACAAAGUUGACUACUCAGUGCUUAUAAGAGAAACUGAGAAUAUCAAAGCCAAUAUGACCUCUGUGGAACUCAGUAUGAAACGUUCUGUUGAACUCGUUGAAAGUCUUUCUUCUGAAAGAGAACGUUGGGUAAAAAGUAUCAAGGACUUUGACAUCAAGUAUUUAAACCUUUGUGGCAGCGCGCUGCUAGCUGCUGCCUGUGUAACACAUAGUGGUGCAUUGGAUCAAAAGUCUCGCUUGUCGUUUGUUAAGAGUUGCAAAGAAUACUUGUCCUGCGCUGGGGUUACAUUUGAUAAAGAUUUCAAGCUCACUUCGUUCUUAAAUACACCUUCCAAUCUACUACAUUGGCAAGAAAAUGGGCUGCCAAAUGAUGAUAUUUUCAUGGAGAACAUUACGAUUUUGGAGACAACAUCAAAGACACCUUUCAUAAUCGACCCAUAUGGUAAUAUCUUGGAAUGUCUUUCUUCUAAGAUGGCACCAAAGAAGAUGACUACCACAAGUUUCCUGGAUGAUGGAUUCACAAGAACACUUGAGAACUCUUUGAGAUUUGGGGGUUGCCUUGUAAUUCAAGACGCAGAGUACUUUGACCCUAUCAUUGCACCAUUACUGAACGGUGACUUUCACAAAGUGGGAGGUAGAACAAUCGUCACAUUUGGUGAUAAGGAUAUUGACUGCUCAAAAACGUUCGAACUAUUCUUACAUACCAGAAACACAACGAUUAAACCUGUUCCGUUUGUUUCCACUAGAACGUCUAUCAUUGAUUUCACAAUUACAGACAGCAGUCUGAUCAGCCGUUCUCUAAAUAUGACAUUAUCUUCUGAGGCGCCUGAGGUGGAAGAGAAACGAGUGGAAAUCAUCAAGCUUGAAGGAGAGUACAAAGUGAGACUUAAAGAAUUAGAGGAGAGCUUACUUACGUCCUUGAGUGAAUCAAAGGAUGACUUGCUCUCCAAUACAUCUCUGAUCGAGACGUUGGAAACUCUGAAAAAGGAAGCAUUUGUUAUAGAGACCAAAAUCCAGGAGACUGAUGAAGUUAUGGAAAAGGUUAAUGACAUAGCAGUCCAGUACGACAUGUUUGUUAGAAAUGUUGUUCUUGUUUAUGGAAUUCUUUGCCAGUUAACAUCGCUGGAUCAGUUUUAUCAGAUAUCUCUCUCAUCGUUCAUUUCAUGCAUUGGUAAAGUUCUCGCAGUUCCACGGGGGUCUUCUCAAAAGACAAGAACUCUUCAACUUGUGGAUGAACUGUAUAGAGAAACAUUCUCCUGUGUCUCUGUUUCAUUGAAGAACAAGGAUAUCUUGGUAUUUGGAUUAUCUUUAUCACUCUUGUACCUCAGUGAGACUGAUGGAGUUCUUUUUGCAAGAUUUUCUGCCAAACUGUUGAUUGGUGUUACAUCAGUUGACCAUGAUGUUAUCCGUGAGGCCUUUGAUCUAUUAUCCAUUAAAGUAGAUCAAUCCACAGUGGACGAUCUAUUUGAAAGGGCACAAAUGUCAGAUAUCGAUGCGUCCUUGGAAGAAUUCAAGCCUUUUAUUCGGAUAUUAUUCAGUAAAGAUGAAAGUUUUGAAGAUGCAAUAGCAGCAUUGAGUUCUAACAUGCAUAAUGGAGGCUCUCCAUUCACAUCGAAAUACACAUUUGGUGAUAUUGUGUAUUCCAAUUCAGGAAAACCAAUAAUUAUGGGCUCGACCUCUGGUUUUGAUGCUUCCUCUAAGGUGCGGGCUCUUGCUACGGAAUCUGGAAAGAAUCUAAAGAUUAUAUCAAUGGGAUCAAAAGAAUCAGCAGAACUUGCUACGCGUGAGCUCGUGUCCUAUUGUAAAACUGGAACAUGGCUAUUGAUCCAGAAUGUUCAAACCUCCCAACAUUGGUUGCAAUACUUAGAAAAGAGAUUGGAGAAUCUUGUUUUAAGUGAUGACUUCAGGCUAUUUUUGACGUGUGAUUGUGAUUCAGAUAUGCCUUCAACUUUGUUGAGAUCCUCUCAAAUCCUUGUCUUUGAGAACCCACCGGGUGUAAAGACGGUUAUGAAAGAGUAUUUUGCUCUAUUCUCAGCUAGAGAUGGACUCUCAGUCCCUCAAGAGAAGUCGUAUGUGUUUUUCCUACUGUCUUGGUACCACACCUUAAUCCAAGAGGCUUCAAGAUUCGUGCCUGCCACGUUAUCUAAAAACUAUCACUUCGAUGAUUCCGAUUUUGAAGGUGCAUUGUUUGUGAUAGACAGAUGGUUUGAAACAGUGUACCCUGGUAGGACUAGUGUUUCACCGGAAAAGAUUGAUUGGCUGGCCAUUCAGACUCUUGUAACUGACAUUAUCUACGGUGGUAAAGUCACUUCUACCACUGAUCUCCAUUAUCUAAAAUGUUUGGGAGAGAAGUUAUUAACUAUGGGUGCCUUUGAAGACAGCUUCAACAUGAUUGAAAAUGAUAUAACCUCACCAUCAGGAUUGCGGUUGUUACAACCGCAGGAGAAGAGUCUCGAGAGUUAUGAAGAUUGGAUCAAUAACCUACCUGAUCUCGAGCCGCCUUCCUGGCUGGGUUUAGAAAGGGUUGUGGAAAUUGAAAUGACAAAGAAGAAAAACAUCGCUACAAUCAGUCAGGCUAGUGAGCUAUUCGAAAGCGUUAUUACAUAGAUACUCUCUAAUUGAAAUUCGCAUACUUUA